UAAAAUUAACCAUCACAGGUGUAAUGUUAACAUGGGAAAGGAGGGCAAAUAUCUAAAAACAGAUCUAUAUCUGCAGAUGAUAGGUACUCUCAAGCGGUGGAUGGUGUGAACCAACUUAUGAAGCUGCUUCUUCUCAACCAUAGGUCGUUCAUGGCAGCCCCUCUGGGUUCAGUCAGGAGGGCUUUGUUGUCUACGUGUUCUGCCGUCAAAUGGGAAGGUGGCGUUUCCAUGGUUCAGGGAGCUUCCAGAGGAAUUGGCCUUGAGUUUGUUAAGCAACUCCUGGAGAAAAAUGAGAAAGGGCAUGUUAUUGCCACUUGUCGUAAUCCUGAUGGGGCAACUGCACUUCUUGAUUUAAAAAAUGAGUUUGCUGAACGGCUUAACAUCCUGCAGUUGGAUCUCACCAUUGAAAGCACCAUAGAGGCAUCAGCAAAUUCUAUAAGAGAGAGAUACGGAUCUCUGAACCUUCUUAUCAAUGCAUCUGGCAUUCUUUCAAUACCUAAUAUUUUGCAACCAGAAACAACACUGAGCAAAGUGCAGAAAUCAUCUUUGCUUCUAGCCUAUGAGGUUAAUGCAGUGGGUCCUAUUUUAGUGAUCAAGCAUAUGUGGCCUCUUCUAACGGCUGGAGGAGGCUCUGGGACUGAAAGAGAUGUUGCAGUUGUGGCAAACCUAAGUGCUAGAGUGGGAUCUAUAGGAGACAACCGCUUAGGAGGAUGGCAUUCUUAUCGAUCUUCAAAGGCUGCACUUAAUCAAUUGACAAAAACUAUAUCAGUGGAGUUUGUACGAAAGAAAGAUCCUGUUAUAUGCCUUUUAUUACACCCAGGAACAGUUGACACAGACCUCUCCAGGCCGUUUCAGAGAAAUGUUCCUGAAGGCAAGCUUUUUACCAAAGAGUUCUCAGUGAACAAGCUCUUAAGCAUCAUUAACAAUGCGAAGAGCCAUGACAAUGGCAAGUUCUUUGCCUGGGAUGGUCAGGAAAUCCCUUGGUAAUCUCCAUGAUUGUAUUUUGUAUAAACAAGUACUUGAUCAGUUUCUCACAAGUUCCAAACUUUCCAAUAAGACCCAACAUAUUGAUUAAAUUUCUAUUUAGAUAGAACCAAAGUUUCUUCAAUAAACAUGCCCAUGAACUAUGUGAUUGAUUAAAUUUAUACUCACAUUUUGCAGUGAGGAAAGAUGUAAUUUAAUUAUUGAUUGGUUUGUCA